UAAACUACUCCCUUGAUGAGUAGAUUUGUUGCUUAUACAUCACUUUCUUCCUACAUCCUCUAACACGGCCAUGGCCGUCGCCUCCACCAAAGACCUACUCACCGAUCUCUCCCCCCUCAUCCAAGUCUACACCGACGGCACCGUCCACCGCCUUAUCUCCUCCCCCCACGUCCCCCCAUCUCCGGAAGAUCCCGCCACCUCCGUCGCCUCCAAAGACAUCCUCAUCCCCCCCUCCAACAUCCCCGCUAGGCUCUACCUCCCUAAACUCUCCGCCGCCCCUCAAAAGCUCCCCAUCCUCCUCUACCACCACGGCGGCGGCUUCUGCCUCGAGUCCGCCUUCUCCUUCCUCCACCACCGCUACGCCAACCUCCUCUCCGCCGCCUCCCCCGCCCUCAUCCUCUCCCUCGAGUACCGCCUCGCCCCCGAACACCCCCUCCCGGCCGCCUACCACGACUCCUCCUUCGCCCUCCGCUGGCUAUGCUCCCACGCGCUCGACGAUCCCACCUUCGAAAAGGACCCGUGGAUCGCCGAUCACGCCGACCUCGGCAGGAUUUUCAUCGCCGGAGACGGGAGCGGGGCUAACAUCGCCCACAACGUAGUGAUGCGGGCCGGGUCGGAACCCCUGCCGGGUAACGUCAAAGUCAACGGCGCGAUUCUUUGCCACCCGUUUUUCUGCGGCGAGGAUGAUCUCGAGCGGGGCUUGGGUUACCGGCUUUGGUCGUUUGUCUAUUCGAGUGCGGGCGGCGGGAUUGAUAAUCCGGCGAUCAACCCAGUGGCGGACGGAGCACCGAGCUUGUCCGGGCUCGGAUGCUCGAGGAUGAUCGUUUGUUUGGCGGAGAAGGAUCCGGCGGCGGCGAGGGGGAAAGUGUAUGCGGAGAUGGUGAGGCGGAGCGGGUGGAGAGGCGAGGUGGAGACGGCGGAGUAUGAAGGGGAGGGACACUGCUUUCAGAUUUCUGAUACUCACUCACAAAAUGCUAAGAAUUUUAUUGAUCGAUUGGUUGCUUUCAUUUCACGAUGUUCUUGAGUAUUUUAAUCUCUUUAUGUUUGGGUUGAUAAAAGAGUAUUGAGUAUGCAUUUGUGAAUUCCUUCUUGAAAUGUUACCUAUGAUUCUCUAGUUCUA